AGGGAUUAAUUGCUCAAGCCAGCAUAUUGUAUUUCAGUUAUCUCUAGUCUUGAUUGCUAGCACACGUUCACAGCUUCACUCUAUAAUUCUUUGUUCUUUUCAACGUUUAUAUAUCAAGCUCAUAUUGUUUUUUCCACUGUUACGAUGCCGCGAGAAAAGAAAUGUCCAGGCUGCAAGAAGCCAGUAAAUGAUCAUGAUUUUGGCGUGCCAGGAAAACAUUGUGACGGUCCUGGGGGCGUUCCCGAAAUUCGGGGCAAUUCUACUACACGGAACGACGAACUGUUGAAUUCGCUCGCCGCCGCUGUUCAAACUCUCACGGCCGAGGUUCAAAGUUUGAAGGCCGAUCAUGCUAGCAGUCGUCAGUCCCAUUACUUGCCGCCCUCCGACUUUGCUUCGUCGUCGCGAUCUUCUAAAGAUGUAUCGCCGCGCCGUGCGACGACGGUUACUUUGCCCGAGCUUAGAGCCAUGGAUGACUUGGCCGACGCGGCGGAUCGACGUGUGGCUCAUGUUCUGCCCAUUGCAUCCAGUGAGUCCGAUGAGGAAGCUGAUAUGGGUGCGCUGGCUUCCUCUCCGUUACGGAAGCCAAAUAAAGCUGAAUUCGUGGCGGGGUAUGCACAGAUUCUACAAUUACGAGAGAUCAGUUCGUUCGAGCGCGCCGAACGACACAAACAUUUGGUAACGCUGAUGUACCACGCACAGCUAUACGAAUGGGAGGCGGUGCUUGCCUUCCAUGGAGCGGUUUUGCUUGAAAUCGAACGUGGCUUAUUGAAGUGGGGUGAUUCCUUUUCCCACCUCGAAAGCAGAACCCUCCAUGGUCAGCUACUUUCACCGCCGAAAAAGCAGUCUUACAGUUCAGGGCCGACAUUGUUUUGUAGAGAUUAUCAACGCGAGAAGUGCAUUCAUACCAAGGAUCAUUAUGGUUACGUCCGAGGCGAACGUAAAUGGGUAAAACAUAUUUGUGCGGCUUGUUGGGUACAAUCGAGAAAACAGGAAUCGCAUAGAGAGGAUUCAUCUGAUUGUCCGCUUUCAGGGGAAUCAAAAAACUGAUAAACUUAGCCCUUGGUCAAGACAUUGGGGGCGUUCCUUCCGUUACUGUUGCUUCAUUUCUGGAUAUGUCGUUUUGUGCUUUGAAUGCUGAUGCUUGCUCCCAGCCGCUAAAGGCUGCAGUUCCUGACUGUCGUGGCUUUUCCACGGGCGCUGAUUAUAUUCAUGAUGUGUGUUUUCCUCAGCCGGUGGAGGCUGGUGUUCUAGACUGUCGUGGUUUUUCCACGGCCUUUCCUCGUGACUCUCAGCAGGCGAAUGAUUUUUAUUUGUACGCACAUGAGUUAGUUUUUCGUUCUGGUCGCCCGAACUUUGUGGUUUCUCGCCUGCCCGUUCCAAGUUCCCUAAAGAUCGAUACUUGGAGGACUUUGUUGUAUGAUUAUGACGACCAAAUGAUUUGUGAUUUCCUGGAGUUUGGUUGGCCGGUGGGUUUCACUGGCGAUACUGUUCCUAUUUUUGAUGCUCGCACUCACCGGGGUGCGCUCAAUUUUGCGACUCAAGUUUCAGAGCAUUUACAACGUGAAGUCUCGCUUGGUCGUGUCGCUGGGCCGUUUACGGAUCCUCCCUUCGGGGGUGGAUUUGUUACUUCACCGUUGAACACGGUUCCCAAGCGAGAUUCUGAAGAACGUAGGGUAAUUGUGGACUUGAGCUGGCCUAAGGGCGGUUCAGUAAAUGAUGGUAUUCCGUGUGAUAGUUUUCUGGGAGAUCCGUUCGUGACUUGUUAUCCCACUAUAGAUGACAUUGUGGAAGCGAUCGUGCAGUUUGGCCCGGGUUGUUUUCUCUAUAAGAGGGAUCUGCGGCAGGCGUAUAGGCAGUUUCCUGUGGAUCCCGGCGAUUACCGUUUACUUGGGUAUAUUUGGAAUGGACAUUAUUACUUUGACACUGUUUUAACUAUGGGGUUACGCUCUGCUGCUCAGGCAUGUCAGCGCGCCACCUCAGCGGUAGCUUGGAUUCAUCGACAGCAAGGAAAAGUUUUAUUUAAUUAUUUGGAUGAUUUCAUUGGGAUUUCUGAGGCUAGCUCUGCGACUUCCGAUUUUGAGCAGUUGGGGACUCUUCUCUCCUCUCUGGGACUGAUCGAAUCUGUUUCCAAAGCUUGUCCGCCUUCAUCGCUCAUGCUGUGUUUGGGAGUGAUGGUAGACACGAAUUCAUUUACGUUGUCAGUUAGUCCUGAGCGGCUAGCGGAGUUAGAGCUUCUCUUACAUGAUUGGAGGAACCGCAAAACUGCUCGCAAACGGGAGUUACAAUCCCUAGUUGGCAAACUUGUGUUUGUUUCAAAGUGUGUUCGUCAGAGUCGGGUGUUCAUCUCGCGCUUAUUAAGUCUGCUACGAACAGUUCAAUACAAUCAUCUUCACGUUAAUUUAACCGCGGAAUUUCGCAAGGAUAUUAUUUGGUGGUGUCAUUUCCUGCGGGAAUACAACGGAGUAUCUAUGAUUAAAACUACCUCUUGGAGUUCUCCGGGGGAAGUUUUUUCUACAGACGCUUGCCUGGUUGGUUGUGGAGGCGUUUGUGACAAUGAAUAUUUCCACGCUUCAUUUCCGGAUGUGAUUGUUGCUCAGUCCCUCGAUAUAAAUUGUUUGGAACUUCUCACUAUUGUGGUGGCGCUUAAGUUGUGGGGUCAACGGUGGACGGGACUCCGUUUAACCGUGCGCUGUGACAAUCAGGUUGCUGUCACGGUAUUGAAUUCUGAUUCCUCGGCUUUGGCCUCUCUGCAAAAGGAUCUACGACAGACAUUACAAGCUGCUUAUAGCACAGGGACAUAUAGUAAUUUCAAGACUCAAUUUAAGGCCUUUUUUCUAUUUUGCUUAUAUUUUGACUUGACUCCAUUACCAGCAGACAUAGAUACGGUCUGUCUUUAUGUACAGUUUUUAAGUCGUUCGAUUGCACCACCUUCGAUUCGUAAUUAUUUAAGUGGGGUCAAGUUAUUACAUCUUUUGCCGGUUAUGACUAUGCAUUUACUAAGGAUUUUAGUUUAUCCCUAGCCCUGCGGGGAGUUUCCCGUAGGAUACCACAUGUACCUCAGAGGGCUCCACCGGUAACUCCUAGCCUUUUAUUGCUAGUUUCGCGAACAGUAGAUUUUCAACAUGAUGCUAACUCUUCUACAUUGUAUUGCGCAUUUCUCUUUGCAUUUUGUCUUAUGGCGCGUAUAGCUAAUAUCGUACCGCGUUCUAUUAAGGCAUUUAAUCCUACCCGCGAUCUCACACGGGGUGAUGUUUUGUGUAACGAACACGGGCUUAUCGUCACGUUUAAGCAUACAAAAACUAUUCAGUUCGGUCAGCGUCGAUUACACAUUCCUCUGUUACGUA